GCUUGACUGUUUGGUUGAAGAUAUCCUGCCACAACACACCACUCAAGGUCUCCACCUGUGGCUGUGUGCCAUGAAGCCCUGAGAAACAACUGCGCUGCGUUCCUCCUCGACUUGGCAGCACCAAGUGGCAGCUCCAACGUGGUGGGAAUCACAGGAUGGCCACAAUAGCCACCGCGGUGGUGCACUGACACUGUUCAACUCUCCGCCCCUCAUAGGUCUGCCUGCACCACCAGCAACCAUAAACAUGAGCUCUCACAGUCAACCAGGCAGCUUGAGCAACAAGGAUCAGCCUCUGGAACUUCUCCAUCCAGCUGCACUCAACCAUUUUGUGGAUGUGAGAACUGCAGUGCUGCCCACGCAGGUGCCCCCUGCCACCACAGCUCUCCUUCCCAUGGACCUGCGCGUAGUGGACCACCACCAUCACCACCACCACCAGCCUCCCUUCGGUCUGGUUCCCCAAACCCACCCCCUACCACCUGUCUCCACAGCUUGUCCCGCAUCAGCCGAGCCAGGCCGUGGGCCAAUCGUCAGCCACCCGGAGCAGCAGCUGCAACAGGAGCUCGUGGUACUCAAACACAAGCAGCAACUGCAGAGACAGCUACUGAUCGCCGAGUUCCAGAGGCAGCAUGAACAGCUGUCGCGACAACAUGAAGUCCAGCUGCAGGAACACAUCAAGCACCAACAGGAUCUUCUGGCCCUCAAACACCAACAGGAGCUGUUGGAGCAUCAGAGGAAGAUGGAGGAGCAACGUCACAAGCAGCAACUGGAGAAGCAGCAGCGCGAACACAAACUCCAACAGCUCAAAAACAAGGAUAGGGGACAAGAGAGUGCGAUCGCCAGUACAGAGGUAAAGAUGCGACUUCAGGAGUUUGUCCUGAACAAGAAGAAAGCCCUGGCUCAGCGAAAUCUAAACCACUGUCUGCCCAGUGACCCACGCUACUGGUAUGGAAAAACCCAGCACAGCUCUUUGGACCAGAGCUCUCCUCCCCAAACAACAUUGUCAGCGUACAACCACCCAUUGCUGGGCACAUAUGACUCAAAAGAUGACUUCCCUCUCCGUAAAACAGCUUCUGAGCCCAACCUGAAGCUUCGUUCCAGGCUAAAGCAGAAGGUGACGGAGCGCCGCAGCAGCCCUCUACUCCGCAGGAAAGAUGGUCUAAUCACUACUGCCAAGAAGCGUUCCCUGGAUGUGGCUGAGUCUGCAUGCAAUAGUGCUCCAGGCUCUGGUCCCAGCUCUCCCAACAACAGCUCCAGUAACAUCCCCAGUGAGAAUGGGGUCAUCAUUUCCAGCAGCCCAGGAGAGGCCUCCCUGCUUCAGAGAUUGGCAGCGAGGGAAGGGUCUCUCAGCCACCUGUCUUUAUACACCUCUCCGUCUCUGCCCAACAUCACCCUGGGACUGCCAGCCACAGGCCUCACUAACACUGUGGUAUCAGGACACCAAGAUGGUGAGAGUCAUCUGCCCGCGUUACAGCAGGGCAUUCCUCUGACCCCUCCUUUCUUGCCCGCUGCCCACCUGCCCUCCUACUUGGCAUCUUCAGCGUUGGACAGGGAGGGGGUGGGAGGGGGCACAGCUGGUCACAACCCCCUUCUCCAACACAUGGUGCUGCUGGAGCAGAGCCAAAAUCCAGUGGUUGGGCUGGGUGGUCUUUCGCUGCCGUCACCCACUGUCUCCAAGCUUGCACGGGGCCACCGUCCCCUGGGGAGAACCCAGUCAGCCCCACUGCCCCAGCAGCAGUGUGGACAGGCCCAGGCCCUGCAGCAGCUGGUGGUCCAACAACAGCACCAGCAGUUCCUGGAGAAACACAAGCAACUGUUCCAGCAGCAGCACAUCAUCAACAAGAUAAUUUCGAAGCCCGGCGAUCAGGUCUCCUCCGCAUGCUCCAUCGCCUCAGGGUCGGCCAGGCAGCAUCAGAGUCACCCAGAGGAGACAGAGGAGGAACUCCGGGAGCACCAGGGGCUGUCCUCCUUGUCUUCAUCCUCUCCCUCCGUGCAGGAGACAGGGCCGCUCCGGGGGCUGGUCAUCAAGCAGGAGCCCCCAGACCUCCAGGAGCAGGAGGAGAUGGAGCAGAGGGAGAGACAGGCUGAGCAGGACUUCUUGUUCAGACAGCAGCAGGCCCUGCUGUUAGAGCAGCAGCGGAUUCACCAGUUGAGGAACUACCAGGCCUCCAUUGAAGCAGCUGGGUUAUCAGCCAGCUUCGCGGGACACCGCCCGCUCUCCAGGGCCCAGUCAUCUCCAGCCUCCUCCUCCUUCCCAAUGGCAGUACAGGAGCCGACCGCCAAGCCUCGAUUUACUACAGGUCUGGUAUAUGACUCUCUAAUGCAGAAGCACCAGUGUAUGUGUGGAAACACCACCAGUCAUCCAGAGCACGCCGGACGUAUCCAGAGUAUCUGGUCCCGACUACAGGAAACAGGCCUCAGAGCGCACUGUGAGUGUAUCCGUGGUAGGAAGGCCUCACUGGAGGAGUUACAAACAGUCCACUCUGAAGCCCACGUCCUGCUCUAUGGAACCAAUCCACUGCGGCAAAAACUGGACUGUUCAGUGAGUCCCAUGUUUGUGCGGUUACCAUGUGGAGGCAUCGGGGUGGACAGCGACACCAUUUGGAAUGAGGUCCACUCAUCCAGUGCAGCUCGUCUGGCUGUCGGCUCAGUGGUGGAGCUGGUCUUCAAAGUGGCAUCGGGCGAACUGAAGAAUGGUUUUGCUGUAGUGCGUCCACCUGGACACCAUGCUGAGGAGAGCACACCCAUGGGCUUCUGUUAUUUCAACUCAGUUGCCAUUGCAGCCAAGCUCCUGCAGCAAAGGCUCAAUGUCAGUAAAAUCCUCAUUGUGGACUGGGAUGUUCACCAUGGAAACGGCACCCAGCAGGCCUUCUACAGUGACCCUAGCAUCCUUUACCUUUCACUGCAUCGCUAUGACGACGGAAACUUCUUCCCUGGCAGCGGAGCACCUGAUGAGGUGGGCACUGAAGCAGGUGUAGGCUUCAAUGUGAACAUGGCCUUUACUGGGGGACUGGAACCUCCCAUGGGUGAUGCAGAGUAUCUAGCUGCCUUCAGGACGGUGGUUAUGCCUAUUGCCAAUGAGUUUGCCCCAGACGUGGUUCUGGUAUCUUCAGGCUUUGAUGCGGUGGACGGACAUGCUCCACCCCUGGGAGGAUACAAACUGACAGCCAAAUGUUUUGGCUACCUGACCAGGCAGCUGAUGGGUCUGGCAGGCGGUCGGUUGGUGCUUGCCCUGGAGGGGGGUCACGACCUCACAGCCAUAUGUGAUGCCUCCGAAGCCUGCGUCUCUGCUCUGCUUGGCAAUGAGUUGGACCCCAUUCCAGAUGAGGUGCUUCAGCAGAGACCAAAUGCCAAUGCUGUCCAGUCUAUGGAGAAGGUUAUUGAAGUUCAAAGUAAAUACUGGCGCUCACUGCAACGCUCCGCCUCCACACUUGGUUGCUCAUUGAGCGAAGUCCUCCAGCGUGACGCAGAGGAAGCAGAGACCGUCUCUGCCAUGGCCUCGUUGUCUGUUGCCAACAAACAUAUUGGAAAGAGGGCUGAAGAGGAACCGAUGGAAGAGGAGGUCCCCAUGUAAAGAAGCAUCGUUUGCCUUUGACCACUCAGACUUUAUCUUUGAUAGUGUCCUCAUCCAGUCAAUUUCAGUUUAAAUACCACUCCUGCUCUCACCCCCGCCUGAUCAAGAUGUCAUCUUUUCACGGGAGGGAACAAGCAGAGCGAGUGGCGAUUCAAAGGAUCAGGAACACUGAGGAUGUGCGAUGCAUUCACUGAUCAGCAGCACACAGACUGAUCAGAAUAAAUGUGUCGCAUUGUAUUGUCAACAACACCUUGGAUAUUCGAGGAUUGACUCAACAAUCCUGCAAUGACAGCCUUGAGUGCCAGUGCUUUUAAAACACUAUACAGACAAACUUUUUCAAUGCCAGUCGCAACCAUGUACAGACGAUCUGCAGUUGUCUGCCUCUCUCUUUAUUAUUCCGUUUUUUCUGCGCUUUAUCGUCAUUUUCUCACCUUUGUCGAAAACCACCAGAGCUGAUGUGAUUGUGAUUCUGCACUACGGAUGGAUCAUUCCUGCUCUUUUAAAACAUACCCCGACGAAAGGAACGAUCGCAAUUUUCCGAGGUGGUUGGAGAUCUCAGAUGAGACAUGUCAGCGGGCGUUCUGAUUUCAAAAGGAUCGACAGUAAAAGACUGUGCACUUGUGCCCUUUAAAGAAGAAAAAUCGGGAAAAAAACAACCUGGUGGACUUUCUAUUGAACUUAGCCUUAAAAAAGAGGUUAGGGAAAGAACAUGCUUCUCCCCAACCCCUCAAACAUUUCUCUCCUAAAAAGUAAUCCUCUGCCUGCAUGUUGUCGGCACAUAGAAUGGAGGAGCUUGGCAUUUUCACCUCUAACUCCCUGCAACCAGCCAACUGUCUGUCCCUGUACCUCCAUCUUUCUUUUCCUCCAUUUGUAUUCUUACUAGAGAAGGUAGUUCCAUGCCACAAGUUGGAGUUGGUUCAGUUUAAAAGCAAGUUAAAAUUGAGAUUAAUAUUACUCACAUAGACAGUUCUCUUCAAUCAUGUAGCAUGCACUGCACUACAGCAACAAGACAUCUGAAAACUGAAAAGCUGAACAUAGUUCUUAUACAAUAGUGAAGCCAAAGCAUGAUGGACUAUCACCUCUGUAGAGUCAAAUUCAUCAUCGAUGAUUUUACUCUUUACGAUUUGUCUGUUUAAGACAACUGUGUCUCCAUGGUAACGAGGAGCAUACCACCUGGGAUUUUCCAGAGGGGCGUUCCAAGCUCUCACACACAGCUGGUUUAACGUUUCAUGCCGCUUGUUAAGCACAUCUGCUCCCCAAAUGUCAGGUGCUAUAUGAGGGCAGGUGUGUGUACAUCUGUUCAUACACAGUGAAGCACAAGCUGCUCUUUUUAAAUAUUGAGGUGUAAACACAUAUUUUUGUAGUUAGUUUUGUGAGGGAUGAGGCCAUGCAUAAACAAUAUCCCUCAUAGCACAUGUAUUCCAGAUUCUCCUCAACAUGAAUCCUCCACUAGGUUUGUGUUCCAUAAGAUUUGAAAUAUAAAGGUUCAUACUGUAUCAAUCCACCUUACAAAUCACAAUCCUUUGGACUCAGUAUAAAGUCCUCAUUGUUAAGAAGAGUAAGCUAAAGGUUUGCUUAGAUUUUUCCAUCAUAGUUUGUUCUAUCAGUGCACAAUUUAUGGAAGCUCAGUUCCGCUACUUUGUACAAGAAAUCCUGUAAGUCAUUAUAAUGUAAAUUUAACAACAAAAUAAUAAAUUACUGAUUAAAAACAUUGAUUUAUGACCUCAAAAUAAUGCAGACUUUUUAAAUCUCAUAAUUUUGAUUUAGCAUUUAUCUCACCCAUACUAGCCAGAUUACACAAAACACCAGCCACUAGCCUAGCUGUAGUAAACUCUGUUUGUCCAUUUUGGCAGAUAAAGCAGAAAAGACUUUGCCUUUUAAAGAUGAUUGUGUGAUUGUGAUUACCAGCUGCUGUGCACUGUGUGGCCAGUGUGCAGUGGUCAACGUCUCCUCUGUAACGAUCGCUCCAACAUGUGUUUGGCCUCUGGGUAACUACCUUCUUUGUUUAUUUCAUCUGAAAAGGACUAAUCCCAUGUUUUAAUGUAUUUAGUUUUUCAUUGAACUGAAACAGUGCUGUGGUGUUCACUGUUGUUUACUGUACAUAGGAUAUUGAUCUCCUGAGUAUUCCUGCCACAUACAUUUCUCAACGACUACUUUAUUUUGAUUGUUGUUCCUCCCAACAGUGUCCGUUUGUCUUUUGUUCCCCUUUCAUUGGACUCCAGUGACGUCGUUGUAUUUUUGAAAUGUGGUCUCCUAUUGUUUUGCACUCUUGGUCCCUCUCUCCGCUUUUUUUUUUUUUGGGUUGCAUUGUAAAGCUGAUCUUCUGAAGAACAGGUGAGGAUUCUCGUGGACAUUACACAACUGUGUUUUCUGGGUUGGGGGGGGAGGAUUGGAAUGCAGAUGUUUCUACUUUGUAUAAUGAUGGCCAAUUGUGUAUUUACUGUCUGUUCAUAGUAGAUUUAUAUAUAAAAAGAAAUGAGUAUAUUAUAUAUAUCUAUACAUCAUGAAAUACUAUGAUCUUGUUUUUGAAGUCUGUAUUGAAAAUGAUACUUUUCAUGGGCCCUGCAUACGGUCGGCUCUUUUGUAAGGUGUUACUGAAGACACCCUUUGCUGUACUCGUUUACAGUUUGUUACGUGUUGAGUAGCAUUUUACUGGUUUUUCUCUUUGUCUUUCAACACUGACGACAAGUGUUUGGCUUCAUUCAUAACACUGUUACUGUAGGUGUGCAGAUGACCUCCGCCCAGCCUCACAUGUUCAUAGUCCACACUUUUCUUGAUAUAUCUGUGUAGAUGGCUGGCACUCCUAAAGUUUCAGUAUUUAAGAAAAACUAAAAUUCAAUACCUGGAUUCUACACAACUACAAAAAUUAACAAAGUGGUUAUGAGUUCCUUCACACGUGUUCCUCUUCCUAACAGCUUUACAAUUUCAUUGUUUCACAAGAGUAAGAAUCAAGUGAAUGGGAAGGGUAGGCUUCAAUUUCAAAUGUGGCCUUACUCUUCCCCGAUUUUGAGGAUGGGCCCUGAUAACUUAUUUGUUAUCAGGCCUCAUGUCCUUUUAUUUUGAAUUAACAUUCCUUUGAAUUCAUGUGUAAUCUUGAUGGCCUGGUGUUCAUUAAUUCUGUCGUGUAUCCAAAAGAUCACAGGUGCUUGAUUCCUCAAAUCUGUCCCUUCUCUCGGGACACUAAAAUACCAUUCCUGACUUCUCCUGAUAGAGCAACAUUUUUGUCUUUAGAAACUUGAUAUAAUACAUUGUCACAAGCUGAGUGAGCUUUCAAUUUGCCAAAUCUCACUCAGAUACAAGUAAAGUAAAUGCAUCUGACCUCUUCUGUCGUAGUGAUACCGUCUCUUUCUGCAGAUGCAGCUUUGAUGUCACAUGUCUCUAAAUCACUUCCAUGACGUCCUUUCCCAUGGCUUCUGCAGAUGGCCAGAAAGGUCAAAGGUUAUUUUAAGCAUCUUCAACAUUUACAAGAACAAAGGAAAGCGUGUGCAGUAAAUUGUGCACCACAAAGGGGGUCUAAGCAUUAAGUUCUAUCUCGUGCGGUUUAGAAAUACUUUACUUCCUCUUGUACUUUCUGCAUCAUUUCUUGGAUCAUUUGUUCCGAGGACCACAUCCACAUUAUCGUGACACAUCAUCACGCUGUGCUGAGUAUCACUGAGACUGGGAUCUGUUGACAUAUCUGUGCAUGUAAGCACAGUUGAUCAGAUGGUAACUCAGCCCAGAACAUUCCCAGAACCUUUGCACAGCAGUGCCAGUCAUUGGGUUUCUACCGUUGAAUGCUUUGGUUUGUCAAAAGGAGCCAAAACUAGCACACUCUGGCUAUUCCGGCCGCCUGUCUUCACUGUUAGUCUUAACACAAUGUCUAGUAACAAAAAAAAAAAGCAUUGACAUUCCAUUUAGUUAUAAUUUCCAUUCAUUCGGAGGGGGCAACUCUCUUUGUUCUAACCCUCCUCGUUCAGUCCAGCCAGGUCCAGGAACAGUGUGUUUAUUUAUGCGGCCUGGUCCGACUCCACUCCAUUCCUCUUCUCUCUCUGCAUGAUCCAUAUGUCUGCAUGCACUGCCUACCUGUCUCUCCCUCUGUCUCAUACCACAUAUCAGCACAAGGGAUCGAGCACUGAAGGACGUUAGUACUUUCACUGUAACCAAACUGUCUUAUCUCUUUUUUUUUUUACUGCUUUUGUGUUUCUGCUGGGGAGGAGCUUGGGUGCUUUCCAUGUCGUGGUUUUACUUGUAGCAUAUGGACUCUUCAAAUCUGAAAGACUUCAGUUGAAUAUUUAACACAAAAAAAGAGAAAAAAAAUUUAUCUAGCACUUGUAACACAGACAAUAGAUUUUAAUUGUAUUUAUGUAGAAAAGCAAAUUGUUUAAGGGGACACUUUGUAAACUGCGACAACAGAAUUGACAACUUUUUAUUAUUAACACCACGCUGGAUGUGACUGGUGGGACUUUUGGGAAGACUUGUUUGUUCUCAGUCACAUCUGGACGUAUUAAAGGGCUUCAUCACGUUGCCUGGUUAUUGUUACAGUUGUCCAUUCCAGUAAAUAAGCCAAUCACACUAUGACCACUGUGGUUCAAAAACAGUUCUAGGUUUACAUAUGUAUAAAAUGCAUAUUCUUGUUUUUUAUCAGUUAUGUUUUUUGACUCGUUCCAACGUUGUUACAGAAAUAGUACAUUUUUCUGGGGAACCUUUGCUCUAACAUGUUGUCUUUGACAUCUACAAUAUAAAGUAU